CCGUCACUCGGCAGCGUAUUUCCCCGCUGGCACCAUCCCCUUGCCCUGCAUCCCCGGGUGGAGGGAUCUGUCCCCACGCCGGCACCACCACCAUGGAUGUGACAGUCACCGUGUCCCCGACUCUCCCUACCUCCUCAACAGCCACAGAGUCCACGUCACUGCUCCCCACUGCUGACUCCACCACCGCAGCCACCCUCCCUCCCCCCAGCCCUGAAACAGACCCGGAGAGGUCCAGCACAUUCCCGGGAACUGGCAGUGCCUCACCUCCCACCGGGCCUCCUCCCACCACACCAGAACCGACAGACACUUCAGCCAAGCCCUUCACAACCCUGGCAGACCCCACGGCCAACCCCAUUAUCAGCACAGGGGUUCCUGAGAGCAUCCCCUCUCCCAGCCAGUCAGCUGAGACCAUGUCUGAGACCACCCCUGGUAUCUCCACCCCGACUGUGGUGUCAACCCCAGGCACCCCGACAGUAUCUGGGAUGUCCAGUGCAGCUACAGACACAGAGACCUCUUUACCCACCACCGACUCAACCCAGACCACAGAGGUUACCAUCAGCACCCCUGCAAACAUGACGCCAACACCUCCUGUCUGCCCCACCACCACGUCCAACACCAAUGCAUCUCUCUUCCUGUCGCUGCGGGUAACUGUCCCCCUGGGCCUGGGGAACACCACGGUGCAGCAGCUGGUGUUGUCCAAGCUCCACACGGACCUGCAAAUGGCAUUUCCAUGCGCCGGCCUGGAGGUGAAGUGGCGAGGGAAGAGCAAGAUCUGACCGCUGCUUCUUGCCCGGCCGGCACCCGCGUGGACUGCAAGCCUUCUGCUCCCAACUCCUUACUGCAUGGUGGUGUAGCCCUUUGGGAUAACCUGUACAGCUCCUCUUGAACCUGGGACCCCCUGUCCCUCACUGCCCCCCCCCAGAGGACCCCCAGUGCCCCCCCUGCCUCUUCCCACAGCCUGUCUGUAGAGCCUGAGCCCUCCCACCACCCUGCACCAGGCCUGGUGCCCACGGUGGAGACCCCACCAGUGGUGCUGGGGGGCUGGGAGGAGGGAAGCCUGCGGGGGCUGGGCUUUUACAGCUGGGACUGAGCUGUCUUGGCCACAGAAGCCACCCUGGGGACCAGUGGAUGAGAGAAAGGGGACCUGGAGCCCCUGGUACCGCUGUGCCCAGGGUACUGGGGAGCUCAGUGCUGGUGACCCCUGAGGUUUGCAACC